CUUUAUUCCAUUGAAAACAGUGCCAUGCUUGAACGCAUCCAAUAUGACUGACAUCAAUAGCUAGGGGAGCAACUACACGACAUAGGAGAAGACGCAUGCUGAAAAUUAGGAUGUGCCGAACAACAUUUGGGUUAUUUCUGGUCGUGAGUGUUGGCGUCACUAAAGCUUUUGAAUGCAGCGCAGGGUGCAAUCCGGAAAACGGCUACUGUGAAAAUCCUGGGGAAUGCCGAUGCAGACCAGGCUGGCAUGGUGUAACAUGCAAGCAGUGCAUGCCCUUCCCUGGCUGUCUACAUGGGACCUGUGAGAAAGCAUGGCAGUGCAUCUGUAAAGAGGGCUGGAUGGGGAGCCUGUGUGACCAAGAUACCAACCAGUGUAAAUUGUGCAUUGAUAACUCCACUUGCAUCGAGACUGGCCAUGGAGGAUACCUCUGCAUUUGUCCACCUGGUUACACAGGAGAGAGCUGCCACCUAAAAAAGGAACCAUGUCUAACAAGCGGCUCUCCCUGCCAAAACGGUGGCACCUGCGUCGAUGCCAAUGGCUUGGCAGCCUACCCCUCCUGUGCCUGUCCCCUCGGAUUCACUGGAGACUUCUGUGAGAUUGACACUGACAGCUGUGAUCCCAAUCCCUGCCUCAACGGGGGCAACUGCACUGACCAUGGCCCCGCGUUCACCUGCGCCUGCCCCACGGGCUUCAACGGCCCCACCUGUAACGACACACAUGUGGACACCCUCUUUCCCUGUAGCAGGGCCCCCUGUGGAAACAGGGGCACCUGCGUGGUGGGGAGCCAAACGGAUAGGGCUGGCGCAUACCAUUGUCUGUGCCCCCCAGGGUUCACAUUCAACGGGCAUAAAUGUACGCCUACCCAGCAGCCACACAGGCCCAAAGCCAAACUCAGGCCGGCCAAACUCUCUCCACAACACCACAGCCUACCUGCCCACGCAUUCCAUAAACUACUCAGGCCUCUCGAGAGGGAUCUUCUUAAGAUCACCCUGAAAGAGACGGUUCACGCGCCCUCUGCCGCCAGCCUGGUCACCCGCAGUCAGCUCAUCUGUUUUGGGAUGCUGGGCCUACUCAGCUGCAUGGUGAUCCUGGGAACCACGGGUAUUAUCUUCAUCAACCGCUGCGAGACGUGCAUGGCCAACGCCAAGUACAGCCAGCUGGUUCGCCAGCAGAGAGAGCACUUGUUGAUAGCCAAUAACGGCGACUAUGAGGGAGGCCACUCGGUCAACAUCAUCCUCCCCGAGAAGAUCGAGCUCACCAGAUUUGGGAAACACUACAUGUCCAUCUGACAUUUGGUCUUUUGACUGACCAGUGAGUUUGAGUGUGAAAGAACACCUACCAAACGAAUGGAGGUCAUGGAUUUUAAAGGGAUUUUAAAGGGAAAACUGAGGUUCCCUCUGGGAAAAAUGUAGUUAUUCUGUUCUAAUGUGUUCCACUUUAUAUGGCACUUUCCUCAAAUAAGAGGAUUGAGGACUUAUGCUUGGAUGUACACUACCAGUCAAAAGUUUGGACACACCUACUCAUUCAAGGGUUUUUCUUAAUUUUUACUAUUUU